AUGGACAAAGCCGAGCAACAACACCCCACCGCCAAUAAAGACUUUACCAAGUUCCCACCAUGGGCCGUAAAACCAAUUGCAGGCAGCAGCAGCAGCAGCACACAGAUCCAAGUCCCUGCGCGCGGCGAGCUGUACUGCCUCGAUCAUUUCCUCAACAUCCGCAUCCCACAGUGGCACCAGAGCGAAGUCAGCCGGCAGAUGCACCUGUGCGGAGCGGCGGUCGACAAAAUGCACCGGGACCGCGGCCGCACCGCCGCCUCAAAGAACAGAGCCAAGCUCCCCGCUGCGCGCGCGCAGCCAAGGAGAGCCGUGAGGCAGAGGCGCGCGCUGGAGGAGCUGCUGGCCGAGAAGGGCAGGAGGCCGAACAAGAAGCUGCUGGAGGGGGACUACGUCCUCCCCAAGGCGGAUGUGGCCGAGGCCGUGUACACGACCAAGUACCACGUUGAGGGGGCUGAGCAUCGCGCGGGAGGUGGCUUUCACCCGGCCACGAUUGCGUUCGUGGAGCGCCUUGAGGGUGCCAUCGGGGAGAAGCAGAAAGAGCUUGCCAAGUCGGUCGUCCCGGGUCGCAGGCCAGGCUCCUCUUGUGUCAUGGAUAGCCUGGAGGCCGACUGUCCUUGUUGCAGAACCUGCUCGACGUCAAUCUUCCUGCCUCCCAUACAGCCUGUCGCGAUCAUGAGGUCAACGCCGAGCUUGGGCAACUGGCCCGCUUACAUGGGACAACCCUCACCCAUGGAAAGGAGGCUCAGCAAUAUGUUAUUCACCUCGAUUGUCGAAGAGAUUCAUGAGGGGACUGCCAUGAAGAGGAUACAACAAGACGACCAGGUAUAUGAGAAAGAGGAUGUGGAGGCCGCGAUAGUGACAGUUGCGGGACUGCGAUUUGCAGUGGACUUUUGCGAUGGGCAAAAGGUGAUAAUGCUAUGA